AUGUCCAGCAGUGUCCAAGUCGCCAUCGCAGCCGAGCCCGAGUUCACCACCGAUCCCUGUCUGACUUGCGAUCUGCCAUGCCGGCUCCAUCCCCAGCUGCCCGAAUCGCUCGCCAAAACCAUCUCGGAUGAGCCUAUGGAUGGCUCGGUCAAGCCCUACAAGCGCCACAUUCUUAUUCGGACGGGCAAGGGCACCCAGUGGGAGGAGCGGCUCGAGGAGGUGCCUGAUCAUUUGGCCACCCUCAUCCAAGACGCCAUCAACGCUCACCGCGACUCGAUCGGAUACCGCACCAUCGUCACGGCCGUCGAGGAAUCGGACGACUGGCAUCCGGAAGGCACCGAAGGCACCGACAUGAUCGUCUUGCCGGACAUGCUGCGUGUCUCCGACAUCACCACUGGAAACGUUCACGCCAUCACAACCGAGCUCUUCAAGCCCACGCCGGCCGAGGAAGGCAGCGAGAAUGCUGCCGUGCAGCAUCUGCAGGCCAAGACGAAGCCCUUGACCCACAAGGCCGUCGUUCUGGUGUGUGUGCACAAGAAGCGAGACAAGCGCUGUGGUGUUGCUGGUCCCAUGCUCAUCCAAGAAUUCCAGCGAGUCCUGGCCUCCGAGGGUCUCACCGACGAUGUCCUGGUUCUCGGCGCCAGCCACUUUGGAGGACACAAGUUUGCCGGCAACAUCAUCAUCUACCAGAACGGAACCGGCAUCUGGUAUGGCCGCGUGAACACCUGCCAUGUGCAGAACAUUGUCGACAAGACCAUCAAGGAGGGCAAGGUCUUCAAGGAGCUGUGGAGGGGACAGAUCAACGGCACCGAUGCUCGGAAGCAACAGGGCUGGCUUGGAUAUGGCGUCGGCGUCCUCAAGAACACAAUCGGCGGCAUCUUCAAGUCCUGA